AUGUAUACUUUCAUCAACAAUGAAGAGUCCAACAAGAAGAAAGUGAUCUUCAUAAUGGGGGCCACAGGAACGGGAAAAUCUCGUCUCUUUGUUGACCUUGCCACCCAUUUUCGAGGAGAAAUAAUCAACUCGGAUAAAAUGCAAGUUUACAAGGGACUUGAAAUUGUUACAAACAAGAUUACUCACACUGAGAAACAAGGUGUACGACACUAUUUGUUAGGUGAAAUUGAACCAGAUUCAGACUUCACACCGGAAGAUUUUUGUUUGCAAGCUAUCGUGUAUAUAGAAAAAAUACUGAAGACUCAACGUGUUCCAAUUAUUGUUGGAGGGUCAAAUUCGUAUAUUGAACAACUUGUGGAAGAUCCUGUGUUCAUGUUCAAUUAUAAGUAUGAUUGUUGCUUUAUUUGGAUUGAUGUUGAGCAAUCAGUCUUGAACUGUAGAGUUGACAUGAGGGUUGAUCAAAUGGUCAAAGCGGGACUAGUAGAUGAGGUGCGACAAAUUUUCAUUGCAGAUGCAGAUGCAGAUUACACCAAAGGAAUCCGACGGUCCAUCGGUGUCCCUGAAAUGGACAAAUAUUUAAGGGAAGAAACAAAUUUAGACGGAGAUGAUGAAUCAAAGCGGAUGAUUCUUCAAGCUUCAAUUUCAAGUAUCAAGCGAAAUACUCGAUGGACACCUGACAACCCAGGUGGCAUAGCCAGCUGA